UUCAAUACUGAAUGUGUAUUAUGUGUUCUCUCAGCGUUAAAGCUGUCGGCUUGUUCAUCCAAAAUACACAUUAAAUACUGAUUUAAAAAAAAAAAACAAAGCCUCCUCAAUAGAAUGUGAAUAGAAUCUCCCUUCCAAAACUAUGGUUACAUGGAAUUCUCAUGACAUCACAGUGCUGUGGUUCACCUGCUGUUCAUUCCGUAGAUCACAGUUUCACAAACAAAAUGCUUUAGAGCAGGGGUUCCCAAACUUUUCCAGGGCAAGGCCCCCCAAAUGGCAUUAAAAUUUGACCGAGGCCCCCCUUUUGCAAGAUGUCUUUAAAACACAUUAAAAAUACAGACUUCUGUAUAUAUCCCCCUUUUUUUCAUUAAUAAUUACAUCUUACAUCUUUACAUUACAUUAGGAAUUGAUUGUGUAUGUGUGUGUGUGUCUGAGAGUGAGAAAGAGAAAACAUACAUUUAUUUAUUUUUCACACCAAAUUGUUGAGGCCCCCCGGGCGUCCCCUGGUGGCCCCCACUUUGAAAACCACUGCCUUAGAGUAUCUCAAUGUUUCAAAGCAACUAGAAAGCAGCAAAUCAAGUGUUUUUAGGAUGUAGGGUGCAGUGUUUAUGGUGUAGGGUGCCGUUUUUAGGGUGUAGGGUCCAGUUUUUAAGGUGUAGGGUGCCGUUUUUAGGGUGUAGGGUGCAGUGUUUAGGGUGUAGUGUUUAGGGUCUUUGACUGCCUCCAUUCAUGGUCUUUUUUAUUUUGUAAUUUCAGGAAGAGUUCCAGAAACUGGCGAUAAGACUACAGAGGCUAGAACAAAAGGUGAGGAAUCACACAGACACACACACACACACACACACACACACACACACACACACACACACAUACGCUCUGCAGCUCUGCUACAUUAUUUUCAUGUGAUUGAAUUGAAAUGAAAUGAAUUGGCCAGUAAAAGGAAAUAAAGCGCUGGGGAAUGGGACGACUCGGCCUGCUGCUAUAUUUGUUUACGCUGACUCUUCAUCACGUCAUGAACAUUUUAUUGAUUUUUGAUUUGAUUUCUUUCGCAGGAUAUUGAUGAACUCAUACGCAGGGUGCUCAGCCUUUACCGAGCUGAUGGUAUUGGAAUGGCAGACUACGUGCUGGAGUCUCUAGGCGCCGCUGUGAUGGCCAGUACAGAGACACUUAAUACUAAAUACUGCAAAGUGUUCGGCAUCAGUGUAUGGUGCAACAAUAAUGGCCCUGAAACAGCUAUACAGCUGGAGGUCUUCCCUGGGAAGUGUUGGGGAUUUAAAGGUCAUCAAGGUUACCUGCUCAUCUCUAUGCCCUACUGUGUACGCAUCACCCACGUGACCCUGGAGCACCCGCCCCGAGUGCUUUCAUCCCAUGGCCACAUAAGAAGUGCGCCAAGAGACUUUGCAGUUUAUGGAAAGGUUAACAAGAAAGAUGGAGGAAAUCUUCUCUGA